AUGCCGACCGUCACCGUGGACCGCGUCGAGUUCUUCAGGAGGCUCGGGAGGGAGUACACGACCAAGGAGUUCGACGAGCUCCUCUUCCAGUACGGUCUCGAGCUUGACGAGGACACGACUACCGACCCCGACCAUCCCGCUGGCGAACCUCACCAGCUCAAGAUUGAGGUGCCGGCCAACCGCUACGACUUGCUGUGCAUUGAGGGUAUUGCGCGAGCCCUCAAGCUGUACCUCUCACCCGAUUCGGGCGUUCCCACCUACGCCCUCAAGCAUGCUCCGGCCGGUGAGGCUCGCACCGUCCGUGUCAAGGCCGAGACCUCGCAAAUCCGCCCCUACUUCGCUUCGGCCAUCCUCCGCAACGUCAAGUUCGACAAGCUCAACUACGCGAGCUUCAUCGACCUGCAGGACAAGCUGCAUCAGAACUUGGCGCGGAGGCGUACCCUCGUCGCUAUCGGUACUCACGACCUCGACAAGAUUGCGCCGGGAGACAUUACCUACGAGGCUCUGCCACCCAAGGAGAUCAAGUUCGCGCCUCUGAACAAGACGCAGGAGUACACGGCGGAGGAGAUGAUGGCGCUCUACAAGGAGGACAAGCACCUCUCGCGCUACCUGCAUAUCGUCGAGGAUUCGCCUGUGUACCCCAUCAUCUACGACAGCAGCCGACAAGUCCUGAGUAUGCCCCCGAUCAUCAACUCGGACCACACCAAGAUCACGCUCGACACGAAGAACGUCUUCAUCGACGUCACGGCUACGGAUCAGACCAAGCUCGACAUCGUUGUCGACAUGAUCGUGACCAUGUUCUCCGAGUACUGCUCAGAGCCGUUCAUCAUUGAGCCUGUCAACGUCGUCUACGAGCAGGGAUGCACCGGCGGACCCCGCACCGUUCUCUCGCCUCCCCUCACCUCCCGCCCCUUCGUCGCCCGCGCCUCCUACAUCAACUCGUGCACCGGUCUUAAGCUCUCGCGCGACGAGAUCAUCGUGCAGCUGCGCAAGAUGGGCCACGCCGCCAACACUCCCGACAACCACCCCAACUUCUCUCCUCUCAAUGCCCAGGCUUCCCUCCAGAUCGCGCCCGAAGACGAGAUUCACGUCUACGUUCCUCCCACCCGGCCUGACAUUCUGCACGAGUGUGACAUCAUGGAGGAAGUUGCGAUUGCGUACGGCUUCGACAACCUCAAGAAGACGUUCCCUCACACCAACACCGUCGCCAAGCCGUUCCCGAUCAACAAGCUCAGCGACAUCCUCAGGCGACUGUGCUCGGAGGCGAGCUGGACUGAGGUUCUCCCGCUCAUCCUGUGCUCGCACGAAGAGAACUUCAAGUUCCUGAACCGCAAGGACCCUGGAGACCUCGCUGUCGUCCUUGCCAACCCGAAGACGAUCGAGUACCAGAUCGUCCGGACCUCGCUCCUGCCCGGCAUGCUCAAGUCGGUCCGCGAGAACCGCAAGCACACUCUCCCCCUCCGCAUCUUCGAGGUCUCGGACGUCGUCGUCAAGGACCCGCAGGAGGAGCGACAGGCCCGGAACGUUCGCCGUCUCGGUGCCGUCUUCUGCGGCAGGAAGGCUGGGUUCGAGGUUGUGCACGGCUUGCUGGACAGGCUCAUGCUGGGGCUUGGCAUCAAGAACCUUGUGACGGAGAGCAGCUCGAGCGAGGCAGGGUACUACAUCAAGGCGUCCGAGGAUGCCACCUACUUCCCUGGCCGGUCCGCCGACAUCUAUUACCGCCCCGGUACCGCUGGUGAGGUGCACGCCGUCCUCGCACCGACCGCCUCGACGCAUCUUGAGGACGCGCAGGCCGCACCCGCCUCGACGCCUCCUCAGGCGCCGACUUCGACGCUGGCGCCCUCGCAACCCGCGAAGAAGGUGGAGCAGGACGACUCGGCGAAGAAGGGCGCGCUCGACACGAUCAAGGAUGCGCUCGCCUCGGCCCUUCCCUCUGUCGCGACGAAGGCCGCUUCGAAGACGACUGUGCGCGACAUCAAGAUCGGCAGCCUCGGCAUCCUCCACCCGUCUGUCCUCAAGGCGUACGAGCUUGACUACCCGUGCAGCUCGCUCGAGUUCGACGUCGAGCCGUUCCUCUAG